AUGGGAAGACCUAAGAAAAGUGAGUUCGUUUUUGUUUUGAAAUUUAUCAAGUUUUUUUGCUGACAAGGCUAGGUUUCUAAGAGUGAUGCAACUUUGAAAAUUGCGUUAAUUCGCUUUACAAAAAAUGAUGAAAAACAGAUUUUUUCUGAUAAAAACGUUUUAUUUUCGAAAUAUUUCGCGGUUUCUCUUCAUUUCUUGAACAUUCCAAGUUUUUACUCGAAUUUCAGCAGGUUGUGGUCAUUUUAGUUACUUAGGAAAACCUAUAGUUUACGGCCAAAUUUUUCAAUGUAAAAUAGGAACUACCAUUAUCUUAUUUUUCUGUUCUCGAAAAAUCCCCGAUAAGUUUUUUUCGAGCAAAAAUAAACUUUUUCGAGUACCCCACAUCCACGUGGCCUCGACAAAUAAACCGACUCAAAUCGCGACUCUAGAUAACUAAUUUCCUUCUUUUUUUUGUUAAAUUUUCCACCCCCGUGAAAUUCUUUUUGUUUCAUUCACUCAAGAAACAACAAAAAACUUUAACAAAAUAUUUUUUGUCGUUGAAAAACUGAUCAUACCACAUGAAAAAGUCCGUCGCAUGCGGGCAAAAGAAGAAAAAUAAACGAGACGCUGAGAAAUAGAGAGGGAGAGACACCUCCGACUUCUCUCGUUUUUUUUUGCCUCGUUUUCUUUUUUCUCUGUCUAUGGAUGGACAUUUUCUAGUGCUGGUGGUAGUGUCUGACCGCAAGCAGAUUUCACAUUUUGUCUCGGUUAUUGAUCGAAUUUUGUUUCAGAGUGUGUGUGCAAAGUUUUUCUCAAGAGCUCACAGAAAAACUUUUGCUCGUGCUCCUACUUUUUCCAAUUAAAUAAGCAUUAUUUCUCAAAAAAAAAACAAUUUUAGUCUAAGCCUCUAGUUUUCCCCGUUCAAACUCCAAAAACAUCUAUCUACGUGUGAAAAUGAAUUUUUCUCUCUAAUAUCAGAUCAGACAAAAAAAUUAUAUGUUAUAAUAAUUUCGUUUCCUUUCAUGAGUCAGCUGUUAUUUUGCACUCAUAACAUCCAAAUUCCUUGUGAAUAGAAAUAGUUUUUUUUUUCGAAUCCAUAUGACUUUUUUUUGUUAUCUCGCGUGACCAUGUUUUUUUAUCUGUGCGCUGAUAAGGACAAGUUUUGACGUCAGAAAAUUUUGGUUGUGUGGGAAAAAUAACUGAAAAUUCUUCAAAUUUAUUCUGAAAUCUUGGUUGUCAUGGUUUUCAGCUAAUUUUUUCUCAAAAAUUCAAAUUUUCCAGGGUUGACCAGCGGCUGUGCGGCUGCUGCAGCGGGAGGAAAGAAGCUGAUGCAAGAUGAGGUUCAAUCAUCACAGCUCCAGUCUUCAAUCCUUCUCCAAUCGCUUCUGCUCCGCGAGAAACGUGUCUAUGGUUUUCCAUUGACACUUCCAGCGGCAACAGACGGAAUGAUUGGGUGGCGAGAGAGAAAUCGUGAAGCGGCUUGGUUGUGUACAGCGGCUCGACGAUUGGGUCUCGGAUUAGAUUCAACAACAAUGGCUGUUGCGAUUUUUGAUAAAGUUUUGACUGGUACAAAAGUGCCAAACAAGUAAGCUCUUUUUUCUUUUUGAAAAUUUAAAAAUCAAUAAAAAUAUUCAUUUUUUCAGAUAUGUCAAUUGCGUUGCUGUUGCUAGUUUAUCGAUUGCCAAAAAAUUAUGUGAAGAUCAUGAAGAAGAUGCACCGGUAUUUUUAGGAAGACUUCGACUUGAAUACAGUUCGCAAGAAUUGAAAAGAAUGGAGCUUCUUAUUUUACGUAAGUCUACUCAAUUUUCAAAAAUCUUUUUGCCUUACCAAUAUUUGGAUUUUCUUUAGAAACAUUAUCUUGGGAUGCAUCACUUCCGAACACUUAUCGAUUCAUUGAAUGUCUUCUUCAAAAAAUUGGAGCACCAUUUUUAUUGUCGUCAAUCAAGUGAGUAAUUCAUUUUUAUUUCAUUUUUUAUUUAUCUAUUUUUAUAGAUGUCAUCUCGAGACCAUUUUAUGUGACUCGAAUUUGAUUGCCAAUUUUCGACCAAGUGUGUUGGCGUUGUCAAUUGUCUCGUUGUUAAUAGAAGCCACUAAUCGACAUUGGCAUCACCCGGUGAAUGCGUUGGCCAGAAUGUGUAAAGUGAGUUAGAAAAUAUUGAAUUAUAGAAUUUAUUUAUUUAUUUAUUUAUUUACGAUGAGCGGAAAAUACACCGUUAGAGAAAAAAUCACGCAGUAAGUAAGAUAAAACACAAUAUAUAAUGAAAUCGAACACAAAGUAAAAUAGAAAAAUAGAACAAAAUCGAAUUGAAUUAAAUUAUUUUGGGGGGGGGGGGAGGAUGACACAAGCUAAAUUAAAAUGACUAAUCGGAGGUGAGGAGACCAGAAUCAGUGGAGAUAGCACGAAAUUUAUAGUUUUUAUGGUUUUUAUGUAUUAAACAUAAUUAUAAAUGAAACUCAUAGACAUAACCGUAAGUUUUAGUUUGAUUUGUAAUGUGUACACCAAUGUCAGAUCAAUCGCAAGCAUUUCUAAUAAUUACAUCUAGGAAAUCAUCCGAGUAGGAUUUGAUGUUUUUCAAAAAUUCAGGAAUCACUCGCACUGAGAAAAAAUUUCCACGGAUUUUCUUUUUUGGAAUUUUGUAAGAAAAAUUAAUACGGGAUCGCGUUGUAGAUUUCUGGAUUUGAAAUAAGGAUUUGAGAUUAAUUUUGGAUUUACCAGAAAGGAUGUCCUCAAGGAAUUUUAGAUCACAUUUCUUCCUCCUGUCACUCAACUUCUCCAAUUCAAACAUAUCUAGCCUUUCCUCAUAUGAUAAAUAGUUAGGGUCAGUAAUACUGAUCAUUCUCCCAGAAAUUCUACCAACUAAUUUUCUCGUAAAGUUGCGCUGAACCCUCUCAAUCAAAUCUGAAGUAGAUUUGUCUGGAGGAGAUGUGACGAUGCAACCAUAUUCGAGAACAGAUCUAAUAUGAGUUUUAUAAAGAGACAAAUAGAGCUUAGGAUUUUUGGUGGAAAAUGUUUUGAAUAAAAGAUAGAGAAGAGAAUUGGCUUUUUUGGUGAAGAUUUCCCAAUGUUCAGAGAAAUCAAGAUUUUGUGAGAUAUGAAAACCGAGAUCGCGAAUCAGAGAGGUUCUAGAGAUGUCCGAUUGAUUUAUGUGAUAGGAGAAUUCAGAAGGUUUUGGAUGUAUCGAGAUAACUUUUGUUUUAUUACUGUUGAGAAUUAGUUUGUUAAUGGUAGCCCACUCAUGAACUUUAUUGAUUGAAUUUUGGAGAAUUUCCGAGUCAUUCCGACUUCUUACUUUUGAGAAUAUUUUCACGUCGUCCGCGAAUUGUGCAACCGAAACUCCCGGAUUUGAAACGAAAUUUGGGAGAUCGUUUGCGAAAAUUGCAAAAAGAAGGGGAGAUAGUACUCCUCCUUGCGGAACGCCAGAAAAAAUUGGACGGGGAUUUGAAAAUACGUCCUUUAUUUUUACAACAAAACUUCUACCAGUCAAAUAUUGUUGUAUCCAAUUUAAUAGGUAAGAAUUCAAACCUAACAUAGAGAGUUUGGUGAAUAGUAUAGAGUAAUUCACCAUAUCAAACGCCUUACUAAAGUCGAAGUAGAUAACAUCGGUUUGGAUAUUUUUGUCGAGCGAGUCGGUCCAUAAAUUGACACACUCAAGUAGUUGAGUAGUGGUUGAUUUUCCAACUACAAAACCGUGCUGAAAUGGAGUAAAAUAAUUAAUUUUCUCCAGAUGUUGUACUAUCUUGCGUUUGAGAAUUCUCUCAUAUAUUCUACAGAUUUGACUGGUGAUUGAAAUUGGUCGAAAAUCUCCCGGAGUUUUUGAAUCAGGAAUUUUGGGGAUAGGAGUAAUAAUUGAGAUUCUCCAUUUGUCCGGGAUGUUGGAAUGCAUCAUUGACACAUUGAAUAUAUGUGCCAAUGGGGUACAAAUCCAAUCCGGAAACAGUUUAAGAAAGAAGAAAGAAAGAAAGAAAGAAAAGAAUUUGGUGGAAUUAGGGCUAAUAAAUCCAGCUUGACUGCUGAAAUUAAAAUUCAGAAUCAACACGUUCAAAUUUCAAUUUGAAUUUUUCACAAACAUUCGUGAAAAAUGCCAAAUUUUAGUAUUUUUCUCAAUUUUCAGCUUCCAAUGUGCGAAAUAACUCGAUGUCGAACUCGAAUCGCAUCACUUUGGUCUCGUCACGUUCUUCCAAUGCCUUCAACAUUCCAUCUUCUCGCGAGUUCUUCUUCCUCAUCAAACAAUCAAUCAACAUAUCCACAAAUUGAUGGCGAAGAAUCGGAUGAAGAGAUGGAUUUUCCAAAAAGUCGUCGACAAGCUGUGAUGUCACCAUCAACUCCGUCGCCAACUUCUCCCUCUCCCCGCGCCCUUCAACCAACACCAUGUUAA